UCUUCAUCUCCCUUUAAACUCGUUAUUCCGCCAGAUAUUUCAGCCUCAAUAGGUCGAACUCAAUCUCAAUCUCAACGAAAUUUAACGGCUUCGGAUAUUAUUAAAAAAUAUCCUAAUAUUAAUGUACCAAAAAGUUAUCGUUCACAUCACGAAAAAGGAGCACCAAGAAGUGAUCGACCAAGUAAUGAAGAAACGGAUAAUUUAGAAGACCAUGUUCGUAGUAUCGAGGAGGAGAACUCCAUGUUACGGGAUUUUAAUGAAAUUUUUAGUAACGAAUCGAAUGAAUUAUGUGAAGAAAAUAAAGCUCUUCGAGAAGAACUUCAACAAUCCAAACAACUUCAUAUACCUCGAAAGAUUAUUAAUCCUUCGCAGCAAUAUUCACCAAAACGUCCCAAUAAAAGAUUAAAAUCGAGAGAGGAAUCUCCUGAUGAAGUUGCCGCUACAGAUGCAAGAGCUGAAAUGAAGAACCUCUUGAAAGGUCAAAUACCCGAAGAAUAUCGGUUGGAUUAUGGUAAGACUUUCAGUGAACAGACAGCAAAGAUAUACGAAAAAUUUAUACCUGAAUUAAAGAAGUUGAUGAGUGGACAUUAUAAUCCGUCGAAAAAAAAUAGACGAGUAAAGGCCGCAAUAAAAUUAUACGAAAGAAAUAAUGCCAACAUACAGGAAUUCAAUAAAGAUGAAUUAUUACCAAUGCUCCUACAGAAUGAUUGUUAUUCGAUUGAACAAUCGGAUUCCGAAGACGAAUCAAGAUAG